GGCCAACGCAAUUUGGCACGCGCGAGCUCACCAAAUCACCCUUUAUUUAAAUAAAUAAAGCAGGGGAGGGGGGCUGGGGGAAGAGGGAAGGUUAAGGGAGAGACGUGGCGGGGGGGCGCGAUGGCCGCCAUCUACGGGAAGAUCUUCGUGGGCAUCUACGUGGAGAUAAAGCGGAGUGACGGUCGAAUCCACCAGGCCAUGGUCACGUCGCUGCACGAGGACAACGACAGCGUGACGGUGGAAUGGAUCGAGAAUGGCGACACCAAAGGGAAAGAGAUCGACCUGGAGAGCGUCUUUGCACUGAACCCGGAUCUGGCCCCCGAGGAAGACGUGCCCCCAAGUCCGGAGACGGCUCUCCCUCCUUCCAACGUUGCCAAGCCCGGCAAAGUGGCCAAGACUCGACGAACCACCGCGAUACCCAAACCCGAGAACGCCCCGCGGGAGAACAGAGCUGCGGCGGUGGGAACCACCCGAGCUCGUCCCAGCCAGCACGGCCAGCAUGUUGAGCCCCCUCCCCCGUCCAUCACCACCCAGCCUGCAGCAGCUCCGACAGCAGCCAACCAAUCGCUGAUCCAGCAGCAGAAUGCGCGAAGGAAGUCCAACUGCGUGAAGGAAGUGGAGAGGCUGCAGGAGAAGCGAGAGAAGCGCCGACUUCAGCAGCAGGAACUCCGAGAAAAACGAGCUCAGGAAGUUGACGUGAACCUGCCAAACUACGAGAUCAUGUGCAUGAUCCGAGACUUCCGGGCCAGUCUGGACUACCGGCCCUUGACUUCCGCUGACCUGAUCGAGGAACAUCGGAUCUGCGUGUGCGUGCGGGCGCGGCCGCUCAAUAAAAAAGAAGUGUCCGUCAAGGAUCUGGACGUGAUCACCAUUCCCAGCAAAGACGUGGUGAUGGUCCACGAGCCCAAGCAGAAGGUGGACCUGACGCGCUACUUGGAGAACCAGACCUUCCGCUUUGACUACGCCUUCGAUGAGAACUCCACCAACGAGAUGGUCUACAGGUUCACGGCUCAGCCGCUGGUGGAGACCAUCUUUGAGCGGGGGAUGGCCACCUGCUUCGCCUACGGCCAAACGGGAAGCGGGAAGACGCACACCAUGGGAGGGGACUUCUCCGGAAAGAACCAGGACUGCUCCAAGGGCAUCUACGCACUCUCUGCCCGAGACGUCUUCCUCAUGCUGAAGAAGCCAAUCUACAAGAAGUUGGACCUCCAAGUCUUUGCCACCUUCUUUGAGAUCUACAGCGGCAAGGUGUUUGACCUGCUGAACCGCAAAGCGAAGCUGCGCGUGCUGGAGGACGGCAAGCAGCAGGUGCAGGUGGUGGGCCUGCAGGAGCGGGAGGUGAAAGGCACGGAAGAUGUCCUCAAGCUCAUCGAAGUGGGGAACAGCUGCAGGACAUCCGGCCAGACCUCGGCCAACGCCCACUCCUCGCGUAGCCACGCCGUCUUCCAGAUCAUCCUGCGGCGCCGCGGCAAGAUGCACGGCAAGUUCUCCCUCAUCGACCUGGCGGGGAACGAGCGCGGCGCCGACACGUCCAGCGCCGACCGCCAGACGCGCUUGGAAGGAGCCGAGAUCAACAAGAGCCUGCUGGCCCUCAAGGAGUGUAUCCGAGCUCUGGGUCGCAACAAACCGCACACUCCUUUCCGCGCCAGCAAGUUGACUCAGGUGCUGAGAGAUUCCUUCAUCGGGGAAAACUCUCGGACUUGCAUGAUCGCCACCAUCUCUCCCGGGAUGGCGUCCUGCGAAAACACCUUGAAUACGCUUCGGUACGCCAACAGAGUGAAGGAGUUCGGGAUCAGCCCUUCGGAUAUUCCCUUUUCGCAGAGCGCUCGCUCGGACCUUUCGCCGACUUAUGAGGUGAAGGAGCUGUCGGCGGAGCCGGCGGCCGUCACGGACCCUCUUGCGGACGGACACGUCAACCAGCUCGACGUCCUGGAGGCCCAGUGGGGCGUGGGCAGCUCCCCGCAAAGAGAUGACCUCAAGUUGCUCUGCGAACAGAACGAGGAGGAGGUCUCCCCGCAGCUCUUCACCUUCCACGAGGCGGUGUCGCAGCUCGUGGAGAUGGAGGAGCAGGUUCUUGAGGAUCACAGGGCCGUCUUCCAGGAGUCCAUCCGCUGCCUGGAGGACGAGAAGGUGCUGCUGGAGAUGACGGAGGAGGUGGACUAUGACGUAGAGUCGUACGCCACCCGGCUGGAACAAAUCCUGGAGCAGAAGAUCGACAUCCUCACCGAGCUGAGAGAUAAAGUCAAGUCCUUCCGCUGUGCACUGCAGGAAGAGGAACAAGCUAGCCAACAAAUCACCCCCAAGAGGCCUCGUGCAUUUUAGACACACACACAAAUCCAACAGGGAGGCAGCAGCUCAUGUAAAUUUC